GGCAGGAUGACUUGGGCGAACUACAGCCCAAGGAGACAGGAGACACUAAGAAGAGAGCCGAUCAAUCAAUUCAUUUAUCGUCGAAUCCCCUAAUCAACACCAAAGAGAGGCUGGGAUACGUGUGUGGAUGUGUUUCUUAUAGCGAGGGGCCCCUUCCUCUUACAUUCACUUUUUUGUCUAUUUGUUUUUUUUUAAACCCUCUAGUCUAUCCCCACUUGAUUUGGGCUCUGUUUCGUUUCUCUCCCUUACACCACACACACUGUCACCUUCCGAGACAGUCAUCUUGGCCCCUUCCCUCACGACUUUCCUGUUCCUUACUUCCUGCAUCUGCUGUGUUCCUCUACGUUUACCCGCCAUCUGGUUAUCUAUCAUAAAAAGGAAACCCUCCGACUUCCCACAGAUAGACACGCACGCACGCACGUACCCAGACAGACACACACACACAUGCAGUCCGCCUCUAGCGUUCCAUCUCGCUCGCAGCGCAGUCCGUCAGCCCAACAUUUUUCCUCGGGCUCCGGAAGCAGUAUCGAAUCCACCAUGACUUCGCAAUCCUCCGCGCCACGCAGCUCGUCCAGCUCAGGGCGAUCGCAAUCGAGAAGUUCGGUGCCCGAUAAGCAGAUCUCACAAAUCGAAAAAAGCGUCACGCAUCUCUUGGUAGCCACAAAGCAGCUGUUGGAAACUUUGACCCAAUGGUCGCGGAAACAAGCUUCAGAGAACGAGGUAUCCGACGUUUACGUGCGGCUGGGUUAUGAAUUCAACCUUGCCUGCCGCGCUUUCAAUGCGAUCGGUGUUGAUACCUCCGACCUGGGUCCGGUACCGGACCUUCUCCGUACAAUUCUGGAAGACACCCUGAGCCAGGAUGCCUCCCCGCAGAGCCUCGACCGCUAUCUCCCCCGCAUCCGCGACAUCAUCAUCAACCUCCUUCACGGUCUCAAGAAGAAACAGGCUCGGUUACGUUCGCGGCAACAGCGCGAGGAGAGCCGCACAUUACCUGGUCGGCAGGCAAGCGCGGGGAGUGUCGCUAGUGGACAGGCCGCUAUGAAUCAGGCGUAUGAGGAAACAGUCUCUAGCGUGUCGUCCCCGAAACGGCCAGGCCGCCGGCAUGGAAGCAAUGGCUCUCUAGAAGAUCCUCCGGCAACGUCUCGGACAUCACCAGUACCGGGCGACAUGCGAGGCGGGAGCUUCUCAGAACGAGAAGCAUCACGACGAGAGGCGCAGAACAUUCUAUCUCAGCCCUCCCAUCUUGAAAAUGAUCAGACUGCUAAGGCAUCCAUGUCAUCGGGGAAUAUUACCGAAUAUCCGACCCCACCGCCUCCGCCUCCAAAGCAAGAUGAUGCUAUUGGUGCUUUGCAGAGGAGUGGUGAGCUUGAGAGGCGCGCCUCUCGACGGUUCUCUGCGUAUCAGAUCCAAAAACACCUGGGGACAUCCUCUAACGGGGUCCCGGUCCUACCAACUCAACAUUCUCCAAUGCCAAAUCGUGGUCGUGAUGUUCGUGAGUCGCUGAAUGCUGUCCGUCUGCGUGGAUCUUAUGCCCACGGGCGACAGCGAUCAACAAACCGCUUGCAGGAUGGCAGCACAGCUAAAGCUGCACCAACGCAAACACUUCCGAAGUUUCCCAGUAUUGAAGAAGAGCGCAUGAGGCCUCGAGGGGAAACACCUGCGGAUGUCUCCGCAAAAGACUUUCCUGUGCCCCAAGACAAGCCUCAGAAACGACCUGAAACUGAAACAGCAGAUCUGCCUCGCCCCCAGGAGGAACCGUCCCUUGCAGAGGCAUUCCAGCUGACCAAGGAGAGGACGCCCGACGCUAUUCCCUCUCCAACAACACCUCGAUCAGAACGUCGACAGCCCCAGACUGUUUCUACCCCUCCUCCCGGCACUCAAUUUACUGCGGAACAGCCGUCUCCAGGCAAGGAAAUUACCCUGUUCCUACAAUAUAAGAGCAAGAUCAAGAAAUAUGUUCUCCCAGAAGGCUUCUCUGGCCUGACAAUUGGAAGGCUUCAACUGGCUUUUAUAGAGAAGUUCGCCUGGAAUACUCACAACAAUGGGGCAGACUUGCCGGAAAUCUACAUACAAGAUCCCGUCUCUGGCGUCCGCCAUGAGCUAGAGGAUCUGACGGACGUAAAGGACCGGUCUGUCCUCGUGUUGAAUGUCGACAUCCUGGAUGAGAUGAAGAAACAUUUUGAUGAUGAAUUUGGUGGUAUGCGCAGGAUGAUUGAAGGCGUCAAGGAUGCUUUGAGUGGCCAAGAAAGUAUCAUGCAACGUGUUUCGGAUCGCCAGCUUGAAGCAGCAAAGGAAAUGGCUCGUCUUGCCGCAGCACCUCCGGUAUCUAUAUCUAACACAAAGGCUGGGGAGAACCCCAAGGACCCGAUCACCGGCAGCGACAGCCAAAUUGCCGAAAUCCAAAGUCUCAGGCGCGAUCUCGCCGUGCUACGACAGACAUACUCGAACUUCCAAUCGGAUAUCGCAAGUUCGAUGAGCGCAAUCCGGACCAAGGCAAGCGGUGUGAAAUCUGUUGCUACGGAGGUAUCUUUGCCAACUUUUGAAGGCGAUGCAGGGCGCGUGCGCGUCAAUUCCGGGAAGAAGGAGCUUGGCGAAGAAUCGGAACGACUCGUGGCUCGUGUUGACGAUCUCCAGGAUUUGGUGGAAGACCUCCGUAAAGACGUUGUGACCCGCGGGGUGCGGCCACUCCCGCGUCAACUCGAGAGUGUCGGCAAGGACAUCAGUGCGGUUACGAAGGAGAUCAAAAAGAUGCAGGAUUUCCUCAAACGGGAGAAACCCAUUUGGACUAAGAUUUGGGAGAAGGAGUUGCAGCUUGUAUGUGAGGAGCGUGAUCAACUUACCAUGCAAGAAGACCUUGCGGCCGACUUGCAGGACGAUGUGGAGAAGGCUGCCCAAACAUUUGCUCUUGUGGAGCAGGCUACCAAGCAACAAUCCAUGCAGAAUGAUCCUACUAAUGGCGUUACUCUUCGGAACACCUCUCGGAAUGUGAUUAUUGAUCCCGCGGUAGAUCCCAUGAAGGCGAAAGACAGUGUUUUGGGCGAAGUCCGUGCAUUGCAACCAAACCACGAAUCGCGCCUUGAGGCGAUUGAAAGAGCGGAGAAGGCGCGGCAGAAGGAACUGGAGAAUCGCAGGGUUGGUAAGUUCCAGAAGGAACUUGGAGCAUUUGUGCAGGAGGGCAAGUUAAAGAAGAGCGGCGGCGUGGAAGAGACUGAAAGACUUCGUCGAGCCAAAGAUGAUCGCAUCCGCAAGGAGGUGUGGGAGAGAACGCAAGCUCGAGCAGCAGAAAUGGAGAAAGCAGAGGCAGAGGAUGCUGCUGCGCAGGCUGAACAAGGUUCUCAGGCAGAGUCGACCACCACAGACGAUGCCGAAGCAAAGACUGCGGAUGGUACUUCGGAUAUAGAAGAAGCAACUGAGGUAUCCUCUCCUAAGGGGAAGGAAUCUGUUUCCGGAGAAGCAGAGGAAACUGAGAGUAAAAAGGAGGAGAGUGAGCCAACGAAGCAAGAUGAUGAUAAACCGACCCAGACUGAGACUUCAUAAAUCGAGGUACAGUUUCAUGACUGGCUAUGCUAUACUUCGCCUGAUACUAUUGUUCCUUCCCCUUGUUCAUAUUUACUACCGUAUGCAUUUGUCGUUCGCUUUGCCGAUUUAUUUUCAGCAUUGAAUUUUUUUUUUUCCUUUUUCGGUACCUUACCUCAAUUCCCUCUUUUCUUCUCGUUCCAUAUUGUGUUGUUACCCCAGCUUAGUCCCGCUUCGCAAAACAUUGGCUUUGGCUCGUGCAUAUCCCCAGACUUGAAGCCACAACUCUGCGUGGGGAACUAUAGUUGUUAGUUGUUCGUAUUGCUGAGGAUACCCUGCCACUAUCGUGGCCUGUUUAUGACCAUUGUGAUGAUACUCAAGGGGCGUCAAGCAUAUAUCCCUUGUCUGUUAUAUCCCUGCCUGCUUUUAUGUCACUGUAUUACAUGUUUAGCUGAUAUAUUCCAAUGCAAGAGCCCAUUUGUAGUAGAACCAGUUUGUAUUCUGGUGUAUUUCUCCACGCUUCGAUCUCUUUUUCAUUAUGCGAUGGCUACAACCUGCGGACUGACCACUUAGGGUUCAAUAGUCUUGAGGCCUUUUGGUACU